CCAAGGUCUGGGUGUUUCUGAGGGCCAACCUACGUUCCUCGACCGUCGUCCAUUAUUGGCAACAUGUUCACACGGUUCUUUACUUCGUCAGCAGUCGCUGCUUGGACUGUCGCAUCAGUACUUCCGAUUGGCUCGUGUGGACCUACUGCACCUCAGGAUGUCUUCCCAAGAACGCCUGCAGCCGCCAUUGAUGUGAAGCCACUUGCAUCCCAGCUUUCUCGUGGCGCGCAGAUCUAUUACCCAGGGAGUGAAUUGUUCACCAACUACACGGUCCGAUGGUCAAAUCUGUCUCCUCCGACUCCCAACGUGGUCAUCGCGCCGGGCACAGAGAAGGAUGUCGCUCAGAUCGUUAAAUUUGCCGCCAAGCGCGAUAUUCCCAUUCUUGCUUACAAUGGACAUCAUGGGGCCUUGACCAGCCUGGGUAAAAUGGACUACGGCAUUCAGAUCUACAUGCCUCAAUUAAACACCAUCUCUAUUGCUAAGAACAAGUCAUCGGUGACAAUUGGCGGUGGCACAAAUAGCAAGAAGCUGACGGACGCACUUUGGGCGGCGGGCAAGCAGACUGUCACUGGAACAUGUGAAUGCGUCAGCUACCUGGGGCCAGCAUUAGGUGGUGGGCACGGCUGGCUUCAAGGCCAUCAUGGAUUGAUCUCAGACCAGUUCGAAUCGAUGAACGUCGUCCUUGCCAACGGCGACCUGAAGACAAUUGACACCAAAUCGGACCUAUGGUGGGCUAUGCAGGGAGCCGGUCACAACUUUGGUAUCGUCACUUCUGUUACUUCCAAGAUCUACGACAUCGAGAACACAGACUGGGCAAUUGAUACCAUCAUCCUGAGCGGUGACAAGGUCGAAGCUAUCUACAAGGCCGCCAACGAGGUCUUCAUCCAAAAUGGCACUCAGAGUGCCAAGACCCACAACUGGUCUUACUGGCAGAACGACGCGUCGCUUGAUGCAGAAAAGCCUGUCAUUAUUAUGUACAUCAUCCAAGAAGGCGUCAAGGUGGUAGACUCCAGAUACACGAAGCCCUUCCAUGAUCUCGGGCCUCUCAAGUCGACGCCGGAGUCCGGGACGUACCAUGACCUCGGCGCCUGGACCGGUAUCGCACUAGACUCUCCUCCUUGCCAGGAUUUCGGCUUCAACAACCCGAGGUUCCCCAUCUACACGAAGGCGUACAACACCACCGCGCAAAAGAAGGCCUAUGAGCUCUACGCAUCGGCCAUCUCUGGAGCUAACUCGCCCUACACCAACUCAAUCUUCAUGUUCGAAGACUAUGCCACCGCAGGCAUCCGCAAUCGUCCUGCUGACGCUUCCGCAUUUGCUUUUCGCGACGUCCAUAUCUUGGCUGCGCCACUCAUCAUCUAUGCCCCUACGAACAAAACGCAAGAUGAUGCGGUCAAGCAGUUGGGUAAUCAACUCAGGGAGGUCAUUCGAGAGGGCACAGGAAGCGAAGAGGUUCACACUUAUGUCAACUACGCGUAUGGAGAUGAAGGUACCAAGAGUUGGUAUGGGUACGAGACGUGGCGUCAGGAUCGUCUCAAGGCGCUGAAGAAGAAGUAUGACCCACAAGGACGCUUUUCCUAUUAUGCACCGAUUGCGUAGUAGUGAGCAAAGCCAGGCCUCUCGAUGUCAGUGCAAUGUAUACAACCAUAAAGAUGAGCCGACGAUGUCGUUUCCAAGGAUUUUUCCUCGCAAACCUGCCCCCCUCGAUCGCUCAGUGCAUUGGCUUUCGUCCCAUGUUGGAGCUAAUAGUCUCGUCUAUGGAUCGGUUCAACUUGAAACAUGUCGUGUCGAGUAGAAUGACACCGUAUUUGUGACCUCACAAAAUAACUCUCGCAAUGUUAGGGGCGAUAAUGGAGAGAGCGACAACGUAGGGAGUACACAAGUAUUGCAUAAUACAAUCAACCAUCAAGAGACGUACACAGCCUCAGGAUCGAUAGCGGACACUCACAC